CUCGACUUUACCCGUGCGCACUACCUCUUCCGAUCACACUCAUGGGGCACUUGAUAUGCUGUGGACGACGUCCUCACUCGAAUACUACCGUGCAAUCGACGGGCCACGAAGCUGGCGACGCGAGCGAAGACGGCGUCGAGAGGUUCCGCCGGUUCUGGGACGACAAACUCAAGGAUGUAGCCGACAUGUUGUCGUUGGGACGGGCACCCGACGACGACGAGAUGUCGCGCAACCCAUUCCACGUCACGUUGCAGCUGUACGCGCACAAAGACGUAGUGGACCAGUUGUACUUGUGCUACGACGAACACCCGGACGAAGUGGAGUUUUACAUUCCCCAGCUCUGCACGUUCCUCCUCCAUGGCCAGUACGACAAGAACCCCGCGCUCGAGUUCUUUCUCUUGUCCCAGUGUCGGCGGUCGCUCCAGUUUGCCCAUCGCUUGCAUUGGUUCCUCGAGUCGUUUUGCGGCACAACGUACCGGUCGGAAGGCCUUAGCGCCACGGUCCAUGCCCAUCAUGCAGCCGAAGGCGGACACUUGCUUCAAGAGAUCGCGCGGCAGGGCGGUGUGCCCGCCAAGCUCUUCAGCAUGGGACUUACGGAGUCGGAAUGCGCCGCGUCCAAGGAACUCAUGGCGACACGGCUCAUGGCGCUGCAGGUGGCCGAGGCGCACAUGGACAGCCCCGAACAUUUGGAAUUGUUUCAAGCAACACCGGCAUUCGUUCGGUCGCUGACAGACUUGGCGGACCGGCUCAUCCCGUUACCCCUCGCCGAGCGCAAACUCCACCUCCAUCACGGCUUGGCCGAGAUUGAAGCGAUGUAUUUUCCAUCUGCGAGUACCAUCUACUUGCCGGUCGGAGACUCGAUGCACCGCGUGAAGCGCGUCGUAAUCGACGAGAGUUUUCCCUUCUCCACCAAAGAGCGCGUGCCGUACUUGAUCUGCGUCGAAGUGGUCGACCAAAUCAUCCGACGACCAUCAUUCUCUUCUUCUUCCAAGUCGUACACAAUGAAGCUGCCAUUCGUCAACCACCGCGUGACCGUGGCCAUCUCCGACGACGAAGCAAAUGGGCGGAUGACUGGCGGCCAGGAUGACCUCAACUUACAAGCAGCCACAACCAGUGGUGGUGGUGAAAACACCCCCGAUGGACGACCCAGUAGUACUACUACUCAAGACAACACGAAUAAGACGUUUGUGGUCGAGGCGCGCAAAAAGAGCUUUACGCUCAGUUUUAGACAUGACGAUGGAGAAAGUACCGACGGCGUGAAACACGAGACUGCUGCUGCUGGAAAGGCCAGAGAAGAGAACGACGAGAAUAAUAAUGCUAUCAAGACGCAAGUGAUGGGGCAGUGGGCGAAACGACCGCAACAACCUCAACGAAAACAGCCCGAUGACAAACUACGCGUGGAUGAGCGCCACGACGUGCGGUCGAUAGACGAGGACGGCGGUGGGGAGGACCAGAGCCCGCUCGAGUGGUCGAUCGGCAGUCCGCUCUCAGACAAUCAGUCGUUUCUUCAGCCAGACGCCGCGCCCGCCGCCGCCGCGCCCGUGAUUGCAUUUCGAGAGCGCUGGGCCGACAAGCAGGACCGUCUGCGCCGCCUCUCGCCGUACGGGACCCUUCCCGGCUGGCGCGUCGUGCCCGUGAUCGUCAAAUCCCACGACGACUUGCGCCAGGAACAGUUUGCCGCGCAGAUCAUUGCGCAGUGCCAUCACAUCUUUGUGGACGCCCAGCUGCCCUUGUCAUUGCGACCAUAUGCCGUGCUGGCGACGUCGGCCACGAGUGGACUGAUCGAAGCCGUGCCGGACACCGUGUCGUUGGACUCGCUCAAGAAGAACGACCCCGACUACAAAUCCCUGCUCGACUUUUACGAACGGUACUUUGGGUCGCCGACUGGUUCGCGCUUCAAGCGCGCGCGCGUCAACUUUAUCCAGAGCCUGUCGGCGUAUUCGAUCUUGUGCUUUGUGUUUCAGAUCAAAGAUCGGCACAACGGCAACAUCCUUCUGGACGCCCUCGGCCAUAUCAUCCACAUCGACUUUGGCUUUCUCUUCACCAACAGCCCUGGCGGCAACAUUGGCUUUGAGUCGGCACCGUUCAAGCUCACGGACGAGUUUGUCGAGCUGAUGGAUGGCCCCCGAAGCAAACUCUUUCGCGAGUUUCGGUCGCUCUGUGUCAAGGCGUACUGGGCGCUGCAUAAAAAUAUGGACAAGUUGCUACUGUUGGUCGAGAUGAUGCUCGUGAAUGACCAGGCGGAGCUGCGUCUGCCAUGCUUCUCCCGCGGCAAGAAGGCCACGAUGGACGGCUUGCGGCAGCGGUUGAACCCAGGAUUGGGCAAGGUGGCAUGCCAGGUAUGUGCGUAUGUACGUACAUGGAAAGAUGAAGAAGGGUCUGCAUAUAAUAUAUAUGUAGAGAGAGAGAGAGAGAGAAGGUGACAUUUGGACGUGUGAGAUUCAUUUGGUUGUGUUUUAGGAGUUUGUGAAUGACUUGAUUGACCAGUCCCUGGACAACUGGCGUACGCGGUGGUACGACAAGUACCAGUAUUGCUGCAUGGGAAUUCUAUAAGCACCAUUCGCGAUGGCAAGUGGAGGAAGGAGAUGCAAGAGAAGAGAGAGAGUAGGAAGGUCGGUCGAAGCUAAUGGAAUAUGAUCAGAUGUUGGGUACGAUGGAAGGGGGGGAGAUGUGUUGGGUUGAUUAUUCCGUGUGCUGGGGGUACUGUUUCUUGCCCUUGAGCUGCAUUUCGCCCAAGUGCUCCAGGUUCUUUUGGAUGGCUUCGGACGUUCGACUUUGGAAGCGCCACGUGCCGUCGACGAGCACCACGACGUCGGUCCACUUGACGAUCAACACGGGGUUGGACUUCCAGAACAUGACCGUGUACGACGUCGCCGUCGCCUCCUUCUCCGACACGAACGAGACAAAGUGUCCUUGGGGGAUGUGCGAUGCUUCGGCAAGGAACUCGAGGCCAAACAGUUCUUCAAGCGACCGACGGAUCUCGUUGUGGCCGCGCGACUGCCCAACAAAGUCGUCGUUCAACGACGCGUCCUCCGUGAACAGGUUCAGAAGCUGCGUCGGGCUGCCGUUGUUCGUCCCGAACAGGUACGCGUACUCGUUGACAAGGUUCACCACCGCCGCCAGGUUGUGGUUGUGCAAGGGUGCUGCCAUGAUGAUUCUGACGAUCUUGCACCGACGAUGGGCGUUGCAAAUU